ACGUCCGCCUGGUUCGAAAAUACAACAAGGAAGUGAUCGCUUAUUGAAAAGCAAAAAUUCUCCCCGGAUAAAACCCGUCCACGCACAGGGACCCUCCGCUCGGCUGCUGGGGUGUCGGGGGGGUCGAGGUCACCGUGGACUCGCCCGAGAGCCCGUCUCUGAUCGUGUCGAGGGGAUUCUGCUCUUAGCCGGCCAGCUAGCUAGCGAUGAACACGGACGUGGAGUUCCACAUCAGGCAGAACUACCCGUGGACCAAGCUGCCCGCCAAUGUCAAGCAGAGUUUGGGGAACUCGCAGCGCGAGUACGAGAAACAUGUGCUCCUGUACAGCAUCCGCAACCAGCUACGGUUCCGCAAUAACCUAGUGCGUCAUGUGAAAAAGGAUGAGCGUAAGUACUACGAGGAGCUGCUGAAGUACAGCCGGGAUCACCUGAUGCUGUACCCCUACCACCUGUCGGACAUCAUGGUCAAGGGGCUGCGAGUCACUCCCUUCUCAUAUUACAUAGGAAUCAUGGAGGAUAUUAUGAACAGCGAGAAGAGUUAUGACUCCUUGCCCAACUUCACUGCUGCUGACUGUCUGAGGCUGCUUGGUAUUGGGAGAAACCAGUAUAUUGACCUGAUGAACCAGUGCAGGUCCUCCAAAAAAUUCUUCCGAAGGAAAUCAGCGAGGGACCUGCUGCCGGCGAAACCGGUGGAGAUCUCUGUGGAGCCGUGGUGGGUGGCGCAGACGGGGUACAUCACUGAGGACGACAUUAGGAUUUGUUCGACAGCUGAAAAGAAAGCCAUUGAUAAGAUGAUAGAUUCAGGUCCUCAGUUUGCCGGAUCAAUGGAGUACAACGUGGUCUUAAGUUUGUACAACCGGGGCUUUAUCUAUCUGGAUGUUCCCAUUUCUGACGACAGCUGCAUCUCAGUGCCCCCUCUGGAAGGCUUUGUCAUGAACCGCGUCCAGGGCGACUACUUCGAAACACUUCUGUACAAGAUCUUUGUGUCCAUUGAUGAGCAAACAAACGUAGCAGAGCUGGCAAAUGUGCUGGAGAUUGACUUGGACUUAGUAAAGAACGCCGUUUCCAUGUACUGCCGCCUCGGCUUCGCUGUAAAGAAAGGUCAAGGGUUCAGCUCUGACCAGCUCAACCCCUCCUGGAAAAAUGCCCCAUCUGUUAACAGACUCAAGAGCACAAUGGACCCCCAGAAGAUGCUGCUGUCCUGGGAGCAGGGCAGUCCCGUCAUGGAGGGAGGCUCUUCAGCCACCGACACCGACACGACGAGCCUGGAAGACCAGGCGGACACUGCCAGCGUUAGCAGUCUGAGCAUUCCCGCCGCACCCACGAAAAGGAUCGCCUUUCUCUUCGACUCCACACUUACAGCCUUCCUCAUGAUGGGCAACCUGUCUCCGAACCUAAAGAGUCACGCCGUGACCAUGUUUGAGGUGGGGAAGCUGUCUGACGAGACUCUGGACAGCUUCCUGGCUGAAUUGGAGAAGGUGGAGAGCACAGCAGAGGGUGAGGCUCAGCGCUACUUUGACCACGCGCUGACCCUGAAAAACACCAUUCUCUUCCUGCGCUACAACAAAGAGCUCACUCAGGACCAGGGACCUGAUAUCCCAAAUAUAGGUUUUCCUUUGGACAUGUUGCGAUGCGAGAGCCUGCUGGGCCUGGACCAGGCCACCUGCAGCCGCGUCCUCAACAAAAACUACAAGCUGCUGGUGUCGAUGGCCCCGCUCAGCAAUGAGAUCAGACCCGUCAGCAGCUGCACGCCUCAGCACAUUGGCCCAGCUAUCCCUGAAGUGAGCUCCAUCUGGUUCAAGCUGUAUUUGUAUCACGUGACGGGCCAAGGCCCUCCAUCUCUGCUGCUCUCCAAGGGCUCCAGGCUUCGAAAACUGCCGGACAUUUUUCAGGCCUAUGACAGGUUAUUGAUCACGUCCUGGGGUCAUGACCCCGGAGUUGUCCCUACGUCCAACGUGCUGGCCAUGCUGAACGACGCCCUCACACACUCUGCUGUCCUAAUCCAGGGUCAUGGUAUGCACGGCCACGGAGAAACCAUUCACAUCCCUUUCCCCUUUGACGCGGAGGACCUGAAGGCAGAGUUCUCCAACUCCAACAUGUGCGUGCACACGUCGCUGCAGAAGCUGAAGGAGUACGUGGAUCUGGAGCACCAGUGCGGCUACAUCACCAUGCUGAACGGCAACAACAGGCACCGCCGCAGGGUCAGCGACAGCACCGAGUGUAGAGGAGACACCCAUCUAGGUGGAGGUCUGGACACCAACGGCAGCACGGAGUCGUUCGAGCUGGUGACGGAGGAGAACGGGGACGGCAAAGGAAAAACAGACGCCGUUUCAUCUGAAGAUGAGUGGGUUCCUCUUGAGCUGUGCUUCGGCUUGCCCCUCUUCAGCUCCGAGCUCAACCGCAAAGUGUGUCGUAAGAUCGCCUCGCACAAACUCUGCAGCAGUGAGAGCCUUCAAGAGCUACUUCACUCGAGCCGAAAACUAUCACUGAAAGUGUUGAGCUUCGUUCAAUCAUUCCAGGAUGGCAGCCCGCCGGCUGACCUGGACAGCGGCGUAUCGAGCCCUCUGAGCCAGCCACCAGCGGAGUCCGGCGUCCCUCUGCCCUGCCAAAACCUCCUCUUCAAGGACGGGCAGCUGAAGGAAUGGAGCGGGCGGGCCCCUCCCCCCCUGGACGUAUCAGCCCUGCAGAAAGACCAGCCCUCAUAAACCCUCGCCACGAAGGAGUUGGUGCACAAGGAGACGGCAUCUUAUUGGACCUCUUUUUGCAGCAUCGCAUCUGACUGUAGACAUCCAUAACCGUAGUCCACCUUCAUACCCGCUCACAAGGAAACGCCCUCGUUCAUGAACUCACCUUCUCGUCCGUCAGUGUCCAGUGUUGGGAAAAUACACCCCGUUGGCUCUUUUCCAUUUAUCUACUGUAUGACGAACCAUCUUUCCCAACACUAGCUCCUAACCCCCUCUUGCUGUUUCCCUCCGUGAUUCCCCGUAUCAAUAGGAAGGCAGUGUUAUCUGUUGGAGUGGUGCUAUUAUCACAAAAUACAACACGAUGCAGGUAAAAAACAAAAAAAGCAUCUGACAAAAGAGGUGCUGUUUAUCACUGAUUACCCCCCCGUGCCCAUCCUUCAGUAAGUCCAGUGGAAGUUUUGUUUCUCCAGAGCAAAUUGUAAAUUGAUAUCUUAGAUGUUCUUAAAAAAAAAAAAAAAUUAAAAAGACCCAAAAAUAUGGACUUCUUCAGGUAUCCUGUGACAAUAUGCAUAUUCUAGGACCAAGUCUUUGGACUUACCAGGUUUAUCUCUAACACAGACUCCGUUGCCUCCUGGUGUUGUUUCACGUUCAGUGAUCUUAUGCAUGAUAUUGUUGCACAAGUCAUAAGACAAUACUUUCCUCUUUACUUAUAAUCAAUAUUGGGGGCAUUUAUUAUUUGCACUGUGCAGGAUUUUGUUUUGUCCAAACUUGUGGAUGAAUAAAUGUCAUGUCAUUUUCUUUUUCAUUUGUAGUGCGCACACGAAUUUAGACCUUUAUCAGAAGGAAACGUUUCCUCGUGGAAACUCAAAUAUGUUGAAAACUGUCUGAUCAUCUGAGAUACUGCUGUUUUUAUUGUUUGUUUUCAUUUCUUUCUCAGCCGAGAAAACCAAAGACAUUCUUUUCUUUUCUGUCCUUUUUUUAAUUUUUUUUUUUUUUAAUUUUGCUGCCUUAUUAUUAUUAUUAGCCAGUCAGAAUCACCCAAGCCUGGGAUCAAAUCAGCUCAUCUGCUUUGUUUCUUUUUCCUCUUUAAUUUCAGCCAUUUGUUUUGGGUUAUUUUCUUCACACCUUCUUUUUUAUAAAUGGCAUUAUACAAUUUAAAAGCUCCAAACCACAAAGUCCCAACCAUCCAGAAGGAAAAUGAAGGUAGAUCUGUGGCGAGUGUUGCUCUGAACAGGACAGGAGGAUCUGUUAGUUUGGUCCGAGACUGUCGGCUGCCGGUACAUCCCUGGAUGGACUCCAGCUUGUGCGCGGCGCUCUCUUGGCGGCGCAUCAAAGUCUCCAAGGGUUUCUGUUUACAAUGUUUUGAUAAAAAUGAGGUUUGUAGUCGCGAGAGUACAGGCAGUCACAGACACGGGAGGGUGGAGAUGCUAAUGCUCUGUGUGGCGUCUCAGAGACGUUGAUGGUGUAGAAAGUAUCUGAAAGCCUGUCAUGAAUUUUCAGAGUGCUUUUUAUUGCAUUUAAAAAAAAAACAAACAGUUUUUGACCCACUCGUGGUAGUAGUUUCUAAAGAUGUAAUUCUGAAAUAGGAAAAAAAAAAAGACUGUAAUGAGGCCCUGUUGAAGCAUGAUGACUGUGUAGAAACUUUAGUGUGUAUGUUGUGUAUGUGUGUGUCCUGUACACCUCAGUGGUGUGUUUUAAUACAUACCUCCCAUCCACCGUGAGAGUUCCCUCCCAGUCCUGCCUGUCAGUUAUCUAGUUGCUCAUCUUAGCCCCAGAUAUACAUCCACCACAGUGUUAAAAACAACAAAAAAAAAUGCUGGUUUUAAAUGUCAGCCUAUAUUUUAGGAUAUCUUUGUUUAAGCUUGUUUGAUGGGACUGUGAAUUUCAUGGAGUGAAUUAUUAAAAACAACACCCUUGUAAUUAUAUGGGUCUGAAAAAAGAAGAAAAAGUGACAUUCCUUCACUCUACCUUUCUGCCAUCUUCUACGCCCUUUCUCCGGAAGCAUCACAAAGAAAUAUGUAAAAAGUAUAUAAACAUAUAAAUAAAUAUGUAAUAAG